AUGCCAUUACCACCAUUACUUUCAGCUAAUUUACCUAUUUCCACCGGACCUUUUCAAGUUGGAUAUAUACCUAUAUCACAUUCACCCAUAUCACCUUUUAAUCAUCCGCAACCGAUUCAUACGAGAUCCGAUUCACCUGCACUGAAGAUACAUGAUGUAUCGUACAGCGUUUUUUAUCCUACGGGCAACACGAAAAGUAAACCAAAAGGUAUAAGUUGGGUACCUGAACCUUUCUGGGGCGUGGUAAAAGGUUAUGAAAAGUUUUUAGAAGGUAAAACAGGUGGUAGCAGUACCAAUCAAAAUGGAAGAGGAAUGAAAUGGUUAGCUGGAACUUUAGGUUAUAUAGCAGGAAGAUUACGUAUACCCGUACAUCCUUAUGCACCGCUCUUAAAUCCAACAUCCAAAUAUCCCUUGGUGAUAUUCUCACACGGUUUAGCGGGUACAAGACAUACUUAUACUCAGUAUUGCGCUGGAUUAGCUUCGGAAGGAUAUGUCGUUUUGGCUUUGGAACAUAAAGAUGGAAGUGGACCUGCUGUCUGUCUACCUUCAGAUGAAGAUACAGUAGAAAAUGAAAAAGAUGGUAAAGUCUUAUAUUAUAUAAGACAAAGUGAUUUAAAAUGGCCAACAGGUGAAGAUAAAUCAUUGACUCACUUCAGAACACUUCAACUGGAUAUUCGUUCAAGAGAAGUAUACGAGUCAUAUCAUUCUUUCAAGCGUCUAGUGGAAAAUACCGCCACGUCUCCUUCCUCAGAAUCAUCCAAUAUCUUACCCGAGACAGGAGAAAAGAGUAAAGAUACUGAAAAGAAGAAAGAUUGGAUUAGAAGUCUGAAAGAUAAAGUAAAUGUCGAGGAUUUGAGAUUGACUGGACAUAGUUUCGGAGGUGGAACAGUGUUCCACAUUCUUCAAACUCCUUCACCUGAUCCUUUACUCCCUUCUUUACCUGUAAAACAAGCUAUAGCUUUAGAUCCAUGGCUUGAACCAAUUCCAUUACCUUCAAGUUCCACAAAAUCUCAUCCUGAUAUGCCACCUUUAUUAGUUAUUAAUUCAGUUGGAUUCACAGUUUGGUCUGAUCAUUUCAAACGGUUAUUAGGUAUGGUCAAGUCUGCUCAAGGAAAUUUAUGUACUAUCAUAGGUGUAGGACACCAAUCAUUCUCUGAUUUCCCACUUCUUGAUCCGCGUUCUCACACUUUAGCCAAAACGCUUUUGAAUAAGAUACACGAUUUAUCAACCGCUUUCCUCAAGAAAGAAUUGAAUGAAUCGGUGGAAUGGCAAGGUAAAUCACCCGAUCAAGGCAAAAUCAAAAAGGAAGAUGGCAAAAUGCCUGGUAUAGAUGGAGAUAUCGUAGUUCAUUUAUUAGGAAAGGAAUAG